GCUGUGAGGAACGGAGAGGAGGAGAUAAUCCAUCGUUCUGGCCACGGCCGCCUGUUUUCUCUACGAUGUCACUUGUCCGGGACAGGAUGUUGCCGCUACUCUACCUGGCCUCAGGAGCCGCUGUUGCGGUUUUCCUCUACCGAUACUUAUUUUCGAAGAAGGAUGUGAAGUUCCUCGAAGACCCCGACGUGAAGUACUCCGUGCCCCUGUUGGAGAAGAAGGAGUUGAGUCACGAUACGAGACUUUUCCGCUUCAAAUUGCCGACCGAGAACCACAGACUCGGCUUACCGGUCGGCCAGCAUAUCAAUCUUAUCACUAGGAUCAACGACGAGCUGGUCAUCAGAGCAUACACACCGGUCUCGUCCGAUGAUGACCUCGGAUACUUCGAUCUCGUCAUCAAAGUCUACUUCAAGAACACGCACCCGAAGUUUCCCGAUGGCGGGAAAAUGACUCAGCACCUCGAGAGCAUGAAGAUCGGAGAUUGCAUCGAUGUCCGAGGUCCCAACGGCUUGCUUCAAUACAACGGUUUUGGAAAUUUCCGCAUCAAGAGUAAUAAGAAAGACGUCGGUAACGUCAAGUUCGCCUCAAAGGUCGGCAUGAUCGCUGGCGGUUCUGGACUCACUCCGAUGUACCAGCUGAUCAAGCAGGUUCUCAAAACUGAGGGCGAUAAGACGGAACUUUCGCUCAUCUACGCCAACCAGUCACCGGAUGACAUCCUAUGUAGGGAAGAUCUCGAAUCGUGGGCGAGCAAGUAUCCUGAGAGGUUCAAACUCUACUACACGGUCGACAGGGCCGCCGACAAUUGGACCGGUGGCGUUGGGUUCGUUAACGCCGACAUGAUCAAAGAUCAUCUCCCAGCACCGAGCGAUAAUACGCUAGUUCUCAUGUGCGGUCCACCCCCAAUGAUCAAGUUCGCGUGUAUGCCGAAUUUGGACACGCUUGGAUACUCGGCUCAAUCUCGAUUCGCCUAUUGAUGACACACUGUCCCAAACGCCAAAAUGUCCUCUGGGACUGCCAACAUAAGGAAUCCAUUAAAUUGAGGACGAAGAAUAUUCCCGUCUGUUCUCGACGACACCGCGGUAUUGAAACAAGAUCCGCCUGUUAUGUAAGGGGAGGGAUGAACUGGGAACUCCUGUGUCUGUAGAGAAACUAGAGCUGCAAUAUUAGCUUAGAGCUUGGAGAGACGCACCCAUUCCCGCAAGGAAAUACUGAAGGAGCGUGUCGAGGUCAGUUAAACAGCUAUCGUUCCUCUUGUCGUUGACAUCUCGAUUCCCCCGAGAUACAAGAUUGUUCCUCCGAUUUGGAUUCUGUGAAUUAAGGGUUUUUGAUAGUUUUCCGGCGUUGAGGUUGAGGAGUAUCCUUGGAUUGACAGACGUUGGUUUUCUGAUUGUUUAAUAAGGAUUUCACUGUACCAACCCGGAUCAA